GCAUGAAUAAGAAGUAUUCAUGAUAGGAUCAGAGGCCAUUCUGAUUCUGGUGAAGAAAGACGAUUGUGUCACCGAAGGAUCCACACAUCCCCAAUACAUAAGGGAUAGUAUACAUUUACACACAUGAACUACCGAUUGGCCGAGUCUGGCCUGAAAUUCAAAAGGAGGGCGCAGGACAAAAUUGGCUCCAUGAUGCGUGGUUCAGGAUAUAAGAGGAAGCGUAAAAGUCUCCCCUCUCAUAAGCUCACCGGCCGUCGAUCUGCCAAGACAUGCAAAUCUCGGAAGAAUAAAAAGAAGAGAGCCAUUGCAAACAAAAACAGUGUCUACCCCGCCGACUGCGUCUCCUGGACAUGGCCCCGACCCUGUGCUAUUAUCAUCAACACCGACAACCACAAUCAAGCAGGAAGCCACUGGGUUGCCGUUUACCUCGGUUCAAAUGGGCGAGGAAUGUAUUUCGACAGCUUCGGAAUGCCGCCGUUCCAUACAAGAAUCUCUCAGCGCCUUAAGCGAAAUUGCAAUGUAUAUGAAUGGCGCCAGAAAAGACUCCAAGAUAUGUCGUCUGAUGUUUGUGGGUAG